AUGGCAUCACCAGAAUCACCCUUCAAAAUAUCCAUCCCGGACGAGAAACUCAAGCUCCUACAGCAGAAACUUGCGUUGGUUACAUUUCCGGAUGAACUUGAAGACUCCGGAACGAAAUAUGGCGCGCCGUUGAAGGAUAUUCAACGUCUGGUGGUUCGGUGGAAAGGCGGCUUCGACUGGCGAGCUCAAGAGGCCGCUCUCAACGCGGAGCUCCCGCAGUUCACCCGCGACAUUGAGGUCGAGGGUUUUGGGGUGCUGAACAUUCACUAUGUGCAUAAGAAGAGCGAGGUCGAGGGUGCUGUGCCGUUGCUCUUCGUUCAUGGCUGGCCGGGAAGCUUCAUCGAAGUCCGCAAGAUUCUCCCACUUCUGACGGCGUCGUCGCCGGACCAUCCGAGUUUCCAUGUCGUCGCGCUCAGCUUGCCGGGGUACGGGUUUUCAGAGGCCAGCAAAAAGCAAGGAUUUCGACUUGCACAGUAUGCUGAGGUUGCCAACAAGCUCAUGCUGGCUCUGGGCUACAAUGAAUAUGUCGCUCAAGGUGGAGAUUGGGGAAGCAUGAUCACGCGAAAAAUCGCUCAAGUCUACGGGGGCAAGCAUAGCAAAGCUUGGCAUAGCAACAUGGCUCUGCAACCCAUACUGUACCUACGGCACCUCUUGACGCCGUACACAGCUGCUGAGAAAGCCGGGUUCGCUCGCGCCCAGUGGUUCCGCGCCAAAGGCACCGGCUACUCGGCGGAACAUUCUACGCAGCCCCAAACACUGGGAUAUUCGCUCGCCGAUUCUCCCGUAGGUCUCCUCGCGUGGAUUUUCGAAAAGCUCGUCAACUGGACAGAUGAGUACCCUUGGGAUGAUGACGAAGUCCUAACAUGGAUCUCCAUCUAUUUGUUCUCGCGAUCAGGUCCUACAGCGUCCAUACGCAUAUACUACGAGGUUUUCGGGUCGUCUGAGCUCCCUUUGCAGUCUGUAUUGGGAGAAAAACCGGCUAUUCCACAUGGCAUAUCGUACUUUCCGAAGGAACUUAUCUCUCUCCCUCGUCUCUGGAGUCAUACCACCAGUAACGUCGUUUUUGAAUCUGAACAUGCUGGCGGCGGACACUUUGCGGCGCAUGAAAAGCCUCAGGCGUUGGUGGAUGAUUUGAGGAAAAUGUUUGGGAAGGGAGGACCUGCUUUUGGGGUCGUACCUGGGAAGACUGGUUAUAGGUGA